AUGACUGCCCUUACAUUAUCUCGCUCUUGCACACGCUCUAGUCGCCCCCUCCAAGUCCGUUUCUGUCCCCAGCCGAGUGUAAUGUACACUUACUCCCAGUCAGACUACGACAGAAGUGGUCUGUUUCCUGAAAACUCUUCAGAGAUCUCAAUCAUCAAGCCGAUUCUUUUUACCGUUUCUGUGAAUUUCUUGGCACCCAAGUCACACUCCACGGCCACUCCACGUACAAUCCGCAAAAAGAAGAUCUCAAGACCCAAACUGACCAUUGACACCAGCAGUCUCCAUGGACCUCUCUAUUUUACUAGCAUGACAACCAACCAUGAAAAAAAGGAACGAUUGAUGGAUAUCGAAGAAACCGAUAUCCUAGACAAAGAUGAAGAUGAAGAAUGGAUCCUAAAGACAAGAGAAAAUACCAGACGCAACAGUCUAUUGGCAGUAUAA